AGCCGGACCGGACCGGUCGCCGCUCGCCAUUUUGCAGAUACCCCCCUGACGUUUUGCCAAAUAAACCGAUGGCCUCGCUCCUUGCCUGCACCUAGAGGGGCCGCGCGCGGCCACGACGCCCUGGCUGUUCCUGUUCGGGGAUCGAGGCGAACGGUGGCUGGGGUGCGUCCGCCGCCGCCACGGCCGUGCACGCGCUCGACGCGCACCGGUGACGCAGGGUCGGGGCGGCCCCGCUCAAAGGUAGGUUCUUGUUCUCCAUCGUGGGCGUCGGGGACGAGCUCUACGUUGUCGACGGCCGCUCCGAGGGGUCGAGCGCCGACUCUGUCAAGACCAAGACGUAGAAGGUAGUCAUUGUGUCCAGCCCCCUCAUCGGCGCGACCGGCCCGGUCACGGCCGGUGCUGGAGGCGUUUGAGAUGUCCGCCAGUCGCAGCUUUGUGCACGCCCGCGUCGAGAAGCAUAUCCGGCGCGCCAACACCGGCGGCAAGUUCCGGCUGGGAGGCACCUCCGCCGUGUACGAGGACCCGCAUGGGCUCUCACUCCGGUGGCUCCGUCUCAGGGAUGUACUGAACGAGGACACCGAUUCCACUGGCCCAGCUCACGGUCACGGCAAGGUUGCCAAGCAAGAGAAACAGCCAGCUCAGGCAAGGCAAGCUCUUAUCGCUGUGGGUGGCCGAGGGCCAUGGGACGAGCCCCUCGUGUCCGGCGAGAUAUACAAUCCGAUGAUCGACAAAUGGGUUGAGAUCGCCUGGUUCCCCACCGACGUCGGCCUGGCAUGCUCCGGCGCCGUCUGCGGCGACACGUUCUACGUCUACUUCGAGUCCGACACGCUCGUCGCCUACCAUCUCGACGCCGGCUCAUGGUCCGUCGUCCAGACGUCCCGGCCGCCGCCACGGCUCCGAGACUACACGCCGGCGCUGGUCUGCUGCGCGUCCAGGCUGUUCAUGCUCUGCGUCUCGUGGUGUGACCCGGCGAAUCAAAGGGACAAGGUGGUGCGGAAGGUGUUCGAGAUGAACCUCGGCUCGACACCGCUGCUCCAGUGGACCGAGGCGUCCGCACACCCGGACGCACCCAUGGAUUCCAACAGUGUUCGCCGCCGGCCAGGACAGGAUCAACUUGUAGAGAUGUUCAGAAUCUUCGACAAGAUCCUCGACUUCGCGACGGCUUGCCGGGUCUCGGGCAGCGAGCAGAGCUGGAGCCACAUCGCCCGGGAGAACGCGGCCGCCAUGUCCUGCCCGUUGAAAUCCUUGGCCGUGCUGCUUCUCUGAAGAUCGCCGAUGUGUACUCUGUUUUUCUUUUCCACUUACACUGAUGAUUUGUUUGUUGCCAUGAGCUGUUGAUUGAUGUGCAGCUCGGUAAAGCCAUUCCAUUGCAUUGCAUUGCAUUGCCUGCUGUGAUUGUUCAUGCUGAGUUUGUUCAAUAUGAUUUGAAGAGAGAGAGAGAGAGAGAGAGAGAGAGAGAGAGAUUGUUCAGAGACGAAG